AUGCGAUUCCUAGCAGCUUGCACGCUUUUGCUCAUUGCAGUCAUUGCGCUGGACAAGGACCAAGACCAUGGCCAUCACCGAGCACACCUGGAAGCUUCAGGAUCUGAGGGAGCCGAGGUCCGCAAGCCUGGCUUGAAGCAUGUGCCGAAGGCUCGGCAUGAAGCUGCGUCCAAGAGGGAAAAGAAACAAGCGGCUCACCACAGCGGACACGUGGCAAAGAAGGCGAAGAAGGCAACUCAUGCCGUUCAUGCACCAAAGGCGGCAGCGGAGGUCACUUCGCACGGAAACCUCAAUCACCACCAUCACAGCCACAGGCACAGGCACGUUCCUGUCACCAGCCAAGUGGAGGUCGAGCCGCCCCGUGACAUCCACAACUUUCCUGUGACCUUUUUCCAGGAAGAGUCGGAGCAGGGGCCCUUCCACCCGGCCAGAGACAGAGCUGUUCACGUGAAGGAAGGCUCCGGUGUGGAGGUCGAAGUCACGAAGAUCUCUGAUGCACCCGACGAAAUCGAGACAGAGGCGGAGGAGAGGUCGGAAUAUGGCGAGGAAGAGGAGGGUAGCAUGGAAGAUCAAGCCGAUGACUUCACCUUGCCGAGAGCCAGUGAUGAGAUCGAGGGGCGCCAAGAUGCCGCAGCAGUCGCCGAUGUGCUAUCAUCAUCACCCACAUCGAUUAUGAGAAGAGAGGCACACGACGCGCAGUCGCCAGAACUACCAGCGGAAGUGGUUGCCAAGCAGUGGCUCGGCUUUUAUGGAGACUUCAAGAACGGAAAGGUCAGUGGGCAGCGCCACCUGCGCAGAGUCAUGCUGGUGCUCGUCUUCGUGGGUAUUGCGGUGCUCUUUAUGUUGCUCGCGCUCACCAAGGCUGCCGUCAAAGGCCUCUCCACUGAGCCCACCGGCAGCGAGCUGCAGGAGCCUGCUGACAAAAAAGAGCAGGGGCAGAAUGGCAAGUCCUCGGAGGCUGCGGCCAAGGCAAUUGCCAACCUCCUGGAGAACAGCUUGGGAACGUGCACCGCCGGCCGAAAGCUGAGCAAGGAAGAGAAGGAGCUGGAUGCGGACACGGGCUCCUUGGGUGCCCUCAGGUCACGGAUCGAGGCUCUUCCUGUGAGCGCUGCCGCCCAGGUCGAGAGGCUCCUCCCUUCCACCGGGGGCUACGACGUGACCUUCUCCAAGCCGUUGAGCAGCCGACAGCUUCUGCGUCUGGAAGCCGUCAUCCAAUGCCCGGGCGACUCGGAGCCCUUGUUUGCGCCCCUGACACGGCGUCCGUGUGUUCUUUACACCGCCAACGCCUCCAGAAAGGUCCAUGGAGGCAUGCCCCUGCCGGUGGCCUUUGCCUCGCAACACUCCGACUUCAUCGUGACCCUGCGUGGUACGCCACGAGUGGACAUCCGUGUCGCCGGUGCCGAGGUAAAUCUCUUUGCGACCAGGGAGUGCGAGUUUGCUGAAGUCUUGCCGUUUCCAUGCGCUCCAGACCAUUGGCAAGACUUCGUCUCUGCUCACCUCUCCUCGGCAGGCACUGGUUCCUCGGAUAACCAUGCGAUGGAGAAUGGCCUGCGCGCCAAAGGUACAGCUGUGGAGUUUCACGAGUGCUGCCUGAUGACUGGGGCAACAGUCACGCUCAUCGGGGAGCUGAUGCGCUCAGCCAGUGGUGAGCUGACCCUUCAGCCGCUGAGCGAAGAGCAGGUGUCCUGGAAGCACACGUCCUGGGAGAAGGGGCUGGGAACGGAGCCUGAUGACUUGGAGCUGCUGGAGGCGCGGACGCACGUGCUCAUCAGUGAUGACCCAACACUACUGACGUCUCAGCUCAAAGACCAGGUCAACCAGCGCACGGGCUUGAGAGUUCGAAGCUUGGAGGACCAAAUGGCCCAGCAACAAAAGCUGCACAAACAGCUGGCGCUUCGCCACACGAUGGCAGCCAAGCGCAACGUGGAUGGGCUGCCCGAGCUGCCGCUGGCCAAGUGGGAGGACGUCGGGUUGAGCUAUUCGAGGACUUGCCGAGCUUGGCGCCGCUUGGAGUGCGCUGCCGAGAUCUUCGCUGUGCUUGCGCUAAGCCUCGCCUUAUCCUCUGGCAUCCUUGGCUCCGACUCAGGAAGUGACGAGGUUCGCAUAGGUUCGCUGGCCCGUGGCAAAGAAGAGCUGCACCUUCGAGGCUCUCCACGGGGUCGAAUUCGGGCCGAAAAACAAGAGGAACUGCAGACUUCCCCUUCCUUUCUCUUGCUCAUGGUGGACGGAUGGCUGGGGAUGGACGUGAUGAUCACCCUGGUGGCCCUGGGUCCCUUUCCUUCUGGCUGCUGGUUCUCAUUUUCGUCAGCAAUCGUGGCAAGUGUUCUGCUGAAGAGGAUCAACAGCAAGGUGGAUUUUGCGGUAGAGGUGCUGCUGCGAGGCCUGGAGUUGCUGUGGUUCUACGUCCCCCUCAUCCCGUUGCUGGCGUUCGCUCUGGUGGCAGAUCGCUGCUCGCCGUGCAACCUCGAGGGUCCAUCUUCGAGGCAAGUGGUUUCCAGCUGGGUGGAUUGGUGGUGGGCUGUUGCUUUGCGGAAGGUGCAGCGCAGUGGACCGGUGUUCGUCAAGUUGGGGCAGUGGGCAGCGACACGACCUGACCUUAUUCAGGAGGACAUUUGCUCACGCCUGGCCCAUCUGCACGAUAGCACAGAGCCUCACGGCCUGGAGCACACGCACAAGGUGUUGAGCGAGUCCUUCUCGGAAACGUGGUUCCGAGACAUCCUCAUUGAGCCAGAGCCGAUAGGAUCUGGAUGCAUCGCGCAGGUGUACCGUGGUCGGUUGCUGGCGGGUGGGGCAUCGUCGUCAUCCAAGGCAUCGCCACUGCAGACCCUUGGAUCUCGCCUUCAGCGCUUCUGCGGAGGUGCUUGCUCCUCGACUGCCCGCGUUCGCGUCGGCAUGGAGGUUGCCGUCAAAGUUGUCCAUCCGCAGGUACAGCGUGCUGUGGAGGUUGACUUGGAGGUGCUGGAUCAGCUAGCAGGCUUCUCUUCAUAUGCAGGGAUGGACAGGCUCGGGAUGCCUUUGAUGCUCCGCCAGUUCUCCGCCUUCCUCAAGGCCCAGACGGACCUUCGCACAGAGGCGCAGAACUUGCGGAGGUUAAAGCAGCUGCUGGCCCCUGGAGAUGGCGGCAGCGUUGUCGUCCCGGAGGUCUUCGACAGGUGGGUGUCGCGCAACGUGCUCGUGAUGAGCUUCGAGGAGGGGGAGCCCCUCACCUCGUUGCUGGACUCGGACGGCCACGGCCUGGAGCGCUCCAGGCUCGAGGCCUGGCGAAUUCUCGUGGAUAGCUUUUGGGCCAUGGUGUUUAAACACCGCUUCGUUCACGGAGACCUGCACCCAGGCAACAUUCUGUGGCGACCGCCGGUCAAUGCUGCGGGGAAGGUGCAGUUGGUCUUGCUUGACUGCGGUCUCGUGCUUGACCUGUCUGGUGAAGCCGGCGAAGACUUGUCUGCCAUGCUGAAGGCUUUUCUGACCAAGUCUGAGGAAGAGGUGGCGCGCUUGCUCAUCACGCUCAGCGAGAGAGUUGGCGGCAAGCCAGAGGACGUGGUGGAACCGGAAGGCUUCGUGCAAGGGAUCGCCAACCUCAUCCGCUCGGGAAAAGGCGUCGGCUUCAGGUUGUCCAAGCUGAAUGCCGGGUCGCUCAUGGGAAAGAGCUUGUUGCUGGGUCGAAAGCACGGCGUGCGCUUCGACGCCCGGUUUGUGAACCUGAUGGUGGCCAUGGUUGUAGUUCAGGGUGUGUCGCUCCGUCUCAAUGGCGAUGGCGAUAUCAUGUCCAGGAUGCGGCCGUUCUUGUUCGGCGCCGCGGUCUCCCAGCUGACAGCGAGUUGA